GUGCUAGCUCACUCGGACCCUGAGGAUUUUUGUCUGUUUUGUGGCUGCCACUAGUAACCUGACGCGCAUCUUCGAGAGAAGGAGUGCGAGAAAACAAAAGAAAAAGGCAUGAGGUGCUGUUUACAGUGUGUGCCUGUUCCGUCUGAUAUUGAACCAAAUUCUCUUACCCGCGGGAGUCAGGGGAUAUUACUAAGAAUAAAGGGACCGAACGGUAACUUGGCAAGUCCCUGUUGCAAAGCCGCGAUAGCAGCCAGGGACUAUAGGUCCCUGAACCACUUUCUGUUCAGCUCCAGAGGCAAUAUCAGGAGAUGAUAACACACAAAAAUCUCGAAGCAACUAUCCGAGGUCGUGAU